AUGUCUGAAGGCCAGAGAGCUACAAUUAGCACCGAUGAUAUUUUUGAUGAUUAUCGAUAUUCAAAUGUAGAACUCUUGAUUUUUGAUGAGUUUUUAGAAAAUCCAAUAAAAAUUUAUCAAAACUUCAGAUAUGGAAAAGGAGGCAUAUUCUGGGACAGCUCAUAUGUUAUGACAAAAUAUAUUCAAAAUUUAGAUUUUACAAAUAAAUGAAUCUUGGAACUUGGAGCAGGGACAGCUUUACCUUCAAUUUUGAGCUUCUAUAAAGGCGCAAAUGUAGUAGCAACCGACAUUCUGCCUGUGCUGAACUUAACACAAAGAAACUUAGAAGCGAAUACAAAAUGCUCUGAUAAUACAUGGACAGCUAGAGAGCUUAACUGGGAAGAUCAAAACCAUAGAGAAAACUUAGCGCAUUACCAUUUUGAUUACAUCUUGAUGUCAGAUGUUUGCUAUUUGCCAGUAAAAUCUAAAUAGGAUCUAGCAGUUCCUCUUUGUGAAACACUAUAUCAGUUGAGUUCUCUUGAUACAACAAUAAUUUUAUCAUAUAAACAAAGGAUUCCUGAAAUAUCUGAUCCGUUUUUUACACAAUUUUCAAAUAAAUUUUCAAUGGAAUUAAAAGAUGAUGAUAUUAGAGGUACAACAAAAAACAAUGAGCUUCACUUAGCAAUACUAAAAAAAUUACCUUAA